AUGCCUGCCUGCCCCGCCCCGGGACCCGCAGCGGACGCCUGCCCGCCCGUCCCCAGGACCGCGCCGGUCCCAGGACCCGCUUGCGGCGCCUGCCCGCCCGUCCCGGGCCCAGGACUUCUCGGCGACGCCUGCCGCACGUCCCGGGACCCAGGGCGAACGCCUGCCCGCCCGUCCCUGGGACCCGCGGCAGACGCCUGCCCACCCGUCCCUGGGACUGGCGGACGCCCUAGGGGACGCCUACCCGGGGGCCCGUCCCGGGACCCGGGACGCGGCGGACGCCUGCCCCGCCCGUCCCGGGUACGCUCGGCGGACGCCUGCCCGCCCGUCCCGUUCGGGAAAACGCAAAAAAAAAACGGCGGGCGCCUGCCCGCGCCCUCCCCCCACCAGGGACCCCGCGGGCGGAACGCCUGCCCGCCCAUUCCCGGGACCCGCGGCGAACGCCUGCCCGCCAGUCCCGCGUCCCGGGCCCGCGCGGAGGCCUGCCCGCCCGCCCGUCCCGGGGACGCCCUCGGCGGACGCCUCCCCCGCCCGUCCCGCCCGGGACGCUCGGCGGACGCCUGCCCGCCCGUCCCGGCGACAACCCGUGGGCGGACCACCUGCCCAGCCCAUCCCGGGACGCUCGGAGGGCGGCCUGCCCGCCCGUCCCGGGACCCGCGCGCGUCGGGCGCCUGCCUGCCGUCCCGGGAUGCUCGGCGGGCGCCUUGGCCCGCCCGUCCCAGACCGCCUCGGGCGGGACGUCCCCUGCCCGCCCGUCCCAGGGACCCGCGGCGGACGCCUGCCCGCCCGGUCCCGGGACCCGCGGCGGACGCCUGCCCGCCCGCCCGUCCUGGGACCCGCGGCGGACGCCUGCCCAACCCGUCCCUGGGCGCUCGGGAACAGAACGCCUGCCCGCCCGUCCCGGGACGCUCCCGGCGGGAGUCAGGACGCCUGCCCGCCCGUCCCCGUGUGGCGGGCAGGCGCCCACGCCAGCGUCCCGGGACCCCGCGUCGGAAACGCCUGCCCGCCCGUCCUGGACCCGCGGCGGACGCCCUGCCCGCCCGUCCCAGGACCCGCAGCGGAACCUGCCCACCCCGUCCCCGGCCCGUACGGGAGCCAGGCGGACACCUGCCCACCCGUCCCGGGACGCUAGGCGGACGCCUAUGCCCGCCUGGCCCGUCCAGGGACCCGCGGCGGACCUGUCCCACCCGUCCCGGUACGCUGCGGACGGCCUGCCCGCCCGCCUCCGGCGGGACCUCCCUCGUCGGGCGAACGCCUGCCCAGUCCCUGUCCCGGGACGCUAGGUGGAUGCGUACCCCGCCUGUCCCGGGAAGCUCGGCAGACUCCUGCCCGCCCGUCCUGGGUACGCUCGCGGACGCCGGCCCGACCGUUGCCCGGGACACUUGGCGACACCUGCCCGCCCAUCCCGGGGACGCUCGGCGGGUCGCCUGCCCGCCCGUCCCAGGACGCUCGCCGGGUGACCUUCCUGCCCGUGGGCCCGUCGGGAUGCCCGGUCGGCGGGCAGCCUGCCCGCCCGUCCCAGGACCCGCGGCGGACGCCUGCCCGCCCGUCCCGGGACCCGCGGCGGAGCGACCCGCGGCGGACGCCUGCCACCCGCCUCCCGUCCCGGGACACUCGCAGACGCCCUCCCUGCCGGGAACCCCGCCCGACCCGGGACGCUGGGCGGGCGACGCCUGCCCGCCCGUUCCCGUGUCCGGGCGGGCAGGGCGCCCGCCCAACUUGCCCGCCCAUCCCGGGCGCCACGCCUGCCCACCCGUCCGGGACGCUGGCGGACGCCUUGCCCUCCUGUCCCGGGACCCGCGGCGGACGCCUGCCCACCCGUCCCGGUACGCUCGGCGGACGGCCUGCCCGCCCCGUCCCGACCUCCCGGCGAACGCCCGGCCCGCCUGUCCGGGACGCUCCCAGGUGGAUGCGUACCCGCCUGUCCCGGGAAGCUCGCAGAUCCUGCCCCGCCCGUCCUGGGACCGCUCCGGCGGACGCCCUGCCCGCCCCGUCCCCGGGACACUUGGCGGACACCUGCCCGCCCAUCCCGGGACGCUCGGCGGGGGCGCCCGCCCUCCCGCCAGUCCCAGGACGCUCGACCCGGGUGCCUGCCUGCCCGUCCCGGGAUGCUCGGCGGGCAAGCCUGCCCCGGCCGUCCCUUCCCAGGACCCGCGGUUCGGACGCCUGCCCGACCCGUCCCGGGACCCGCGGCGGACCCUGCCGCCCGCCCGUCCCGGGACCCCGCGGCGGACCGCCUGCCCGCCCGUUCCUGGGACCCGCGGCGGACCGCCCUGCCAACCCGUCCCGGGCCACUCGGCAGGACGCCUGCCCGCCCGUCCCGGGACGCUCGGCUGGAACGCCUGCCCCCGCCCUGUCCCGUGUCCGAGUCGGCGGUCGGACACCUGCCCCCCUCACACCGUCCCUGGGACGCUAUGCUCGGAUGCCUGCCCGCCUGUCCCGGGACCCGCGGCGGACGCCCUGCCCACCGUCCCUGUACGCUCGGCGGACGCCUGCCCGCCCGUCCCGGGUACGCUCGGCAAACGCCUGCCCGCCUGUCCCGGGACGCUAGGUGGAUGCGUACCCGCCUGUCCCGGGAAGCUCGGCAGACUCCUGCCCGCCCAGUCCUGGGACGUCUGGCGGACGCCUGCCCGCCCGUCCCUGGGACCCGCGGCGGGGACGCCUGCCCCCCACGUCCCAGGACCAGCAGCAGACGCCUGGCCCCGCCCGUCCUGGGACGCUCGCGGACACCUGCCCAACCCGUCCCGGGAUGCUAGGCGGAGCGCCUGCCCGCCUGUCCCGGGACCCGCGGCGGACGCCUGCCCCCCGCCCGUCCCAGUACGCUCGGCGAACGCCUGCCGCCCGUCCCGGGACGCUCGGCGGACGCCUGCCCGCCCGUCCCGGAACGCUAGGUUGGACGCCUACCCGCCUGUCCCGGGACGCUCGGCGGACUCCUGCCCGCCCAGUCCCGGGACGCUCGGCGGACGCCUGCCAGCCCGCCCCGGAUCCUCGGCGUACGCCUGCCCGCCCGUACCAGGACGCGCCAACGUGUCCCAGCAGACGCCUGGCCGCCGUCCCAGGACGCCUCAGCGGACGCCUGCCGCCCGUCCUGGAACCUGCGCGGCGGACGCUCCUGCCCGCCCGUCCCUGAACUGCGGCGGACGUCUGCCCGCCCGUCCGGGACGCUCGCGGGCGCCUGCCCGCCUGUCCCGGGCACCCCGCGGCGGCCGCCUGCCCGCCCGUCCCGGGACGCUCGCUGGCGCGCCUGCCCGCCCGUCCCGGGACGCUCGGCGGGCGCCUGACGCCCGUCCCGGGACGCUCGGCGGCGCCAUGCCCGCCCGUACCAGGACGCUCGGCGGGCGCCUGCCCGCCCGUCCCGGGACGCUCGGCGGGCGCCUGCCUGCCCGUCCCGGGACCCGCGGCGGACGCCUGCCCGAGGCCCGUCCCGGGACCCGCGGCGGAUGCCUGCCCACCCGCCAGUCCCAGGACGCUCGGCAGACGCUGCCCGCCUGUCCCGGGACGCUCGGCGGACGCUGCCCGCCCGCCCCUCCCGGGACGUUCGGCGGACGCAUGCCCGCCCGUCCCGGGACCCGCCGGCGGGCCUCGCCCGCCGCUCCUUGCACAGUGUAA